CAUAUUUUCCAUUCGGGAUUCGGCCAUUCCUAAAUCCCAUUUCCCAUUUUCCUCUUCCCUCUUCCCUUCCCAAGUUCGCAGUUCGCAAGUUGCAACUUCGCCGGCAGCUGGCACUCCCUGACUGCCAGUCCCAGUUCCCUUCAGCUUUACCUUCCCUUCCCACUUCGCAGUUCGCACACAAUCGGCGACGGCGAGUUCGAUCCUCCUGUUCCAGAUCGGCAGAUUUAGUCUUCCCCUUCGGACUUCGGCUUCCACCUUCCCAACUUCGCAGCUCGCACUCUCGCAGACUCGCAGUACUCCUUCGGACCUUCCGUCCUUCAGUCUCACAGAGCAGCUCUCUUCUCCAGUGCAUCCUCGGCAGACGCCAACUCGGUCCUGCGCUUCCUCACGCGGCCAGCAGCGCCUCCUUCACUGCACAUCGUCCCCUUGCGGCAGCCUGCCACGGCCAGUGAAGGCUUCUUUUGCAGCAGCCUCCCACACCAGAAGUGAAGGGGAGUCUAGGCGCAAUGAUGAAGUUGUCGUCGUGUGACUUGGAGGUCAUGGGUUCGAGACACGGAAAUAACCUCUUGCAAAAAUGUAAGGAGUCAUGCUAUGUGUCAUGGACUUGUGAGACACGAGCCCACAUGGCAGGGGCUCAUUGGGUACAACAUUGUGGGCCCAGUACUCCAUUGAGGCCUCGCCACAUGCUUGUGACACUGAGCACUUUCCCAAUGUAAGCUCAUAUCUGGAGUCCAAGCUCAACUCAGUCCAAAAGAGAAUCGGAGGUUGACCAGAGUGCCUUCCGGUUCAAUCUCGACAAUUCAAUGACCCUGCAACUGUAACACAGCUAUUGGAAGUGGCCUAGGGUUUGGAAGAUCAAUCGGUGGAGAGCAAAGAACACGGAGAACCAACACCAUCAUACAUGGCCAUCGCCCUAUCAAGAAACGCAGGCCUCCGCUUCAUGUUUGUCCAUCACUGUCGCUGUCUUUGUUCUUCCACUCUCAACCAGUGGAGGGCCACCAUUGCUGCCAAUCCAUCAUUUGGCCUCUUUCAUGCCCUUUCUCAACCUUUCAAUCGUCGAUCCGUGAUUCCUCUGGGUGGUGAAUUCAGAUUUUUAGCUAUAUAUCACAAAUAUUUCAAUCAUAGAUAUUUCAGCAGUAGUAACACUAAUGAUGCUGCUGCUAUAAAUCCUGAAAUGACUGCAUCAAAAAGUUCUGCAGAAGAGAAUUCUGGGGAAGGUGAAAAUUCCCAGCAAUCGCAGCAGAGUGGUGAUGCUGGCAAGCCUGUUCGUGGCGGGCCUGUUUCGUGGUUGAGCUUUCUUCUGCUGGCUGCAACGGGAGCAGGGCUGAUAUAUUACUAUGACAAGGAAAAGAAACAACAUAUUGAAGAAAUAAAUAAUGCCUCAAAUGCUGUCAAACAAGGGCCAUCUGUGGGAAAAGCUGCCAUUGGGGGCCCAUUUAACCUUAUAAAUCAUGAUGGGAAAAACGUAAGUGAUGAAGACUUCUUGGGGAGAUGGACAUUGAUAUAUUUUGGCUUCACCCACUGCCCUGAUAUCUGUCCGGAUGAGCUACAAAAACUAGCUGCUGCAGUCGAUAAGAUAAAGGAAAGAGCAGGGAUUGAAAUUGUACCUGUGUUCAUUUCUGUUGAUCCUGAGAGAGAUACUGUCGAGCAAGUGCACGAAUACGUCAAAGGUGCUUCUUCAACUUGUGCCAGAGUGCUAAAUAUAUUAUUUAAAGUUGGUUGCAUUUGGUGUUUAUGUUGGUUUUGUUAUUCUUUUAUUUCCCCCCCCUUUUUUUGCUGUUCAGAGUUCCACCCAAAUUUAGUCGGGUUAACUGGUAGUCCGGAUGAAAUACGGAAAGUUGCUCGUGCAUAUAGAGUUUAUUACAUGAAGACAACAGAGGAAGGAUCAGACUAUCUUGUUGACCACUCUAUAAUCAUGUGUGUAUUACGGAGCAUGCCUAUUUAUUCUCAUCUGUAUUACUGUCUACUGAACUCUGUUAGCGUUGCUAUGUUCAUGCCCAUUUUAAUAAGUGAAGAAUGCCCACGUGUGCUGAUUUUUUAAUUACUAUCUUUUGCUUUUUUGCCAAGUUCUUUUUUUUUUUAAUAAUAAUUUUCUUUUGGAAAAUGAAGCGACAUGCAUCGGAGGUGUGAAAACAUAAAAGAGUCUUUUUUGUCUCUGUAAUCGUGGGGUUUUUUUUUUGUCUGUUUCCAGGCAUGAUAUAUCCUGCGUUGUCAUGUUGGAUUUGUGCUGUUCUUCAUUUAAUUUUUAGUGAAUGAAGUUAAAGAUAAGUAACACCUCUUUCAAUGUUUGUUCAAUUCUUUUUCAGGUACUUGAUGGGACCCAAUAUGGACUUUGUGAAGUUCUUUGGGAAGAAUAAUGAUGUUGAUGCUCUUGCCAACGGCAUAAUUGGAGAAGUAAAGAAAUAUAGAAAGUAAAUUUGUUAUUCCAUUCUUGCUUUCAUACAAUGCCUGCUGUAUCUGGAAGUCUGAAGCGUGUCUUCUCAUCGAGUCGCUCGGUAGUUUUGAUCUUUAACUGUCAUCGUUCCUUCUUACUUAAAAGGGAACUGCUGAUUUUAUGACUAGAUUGAUGUCUGAAGGGUCUAUUUUUUUUCAAUCGAUGUUGGGAAAUUUUUGUUUCCAUGUAUUGUAAUUGACUCUUACGAUACCGUUGAAUCAGACGAGCUCCUUGCUGCAAUACCAAUAACCAUCCGUGGCAUAACUAUUGUUGGACAAA